GUACAGCACUUUCGAGUCAUUACACCGGCGUCGGCCGCAUGCGACGCACGUCAUUCGCGUGUGAUUACAAGUGACCUUGAAAAUGUUGUUCUAUGUAUUAGUGUGCGCGUUUGCAUUUGCACACGCUCAGGAACAAAAUACUCCGUCAGUAAAUACAACGCAAGGAUUGAUACAGGGCUCAUUAGCAACUGAUGGCAACUACCACGUCUUUUAUGGAAUACAUUACGCUGGGUUUGUGUCGGGAGGGAACAGGUUUAAGGCGCCACCUCCUCCACCCUCAUACCCCGGUGUCUUCCACGCAAUCAACAGCGGUGUGAUAUGCGCCCAUCCCACAUCACGAGGCAUCGUCGGUGUUGAAGACUGUCUGACCCUCAGUAUCCACACUGCCAACUUCACCGCUUCUCAGCCGGUACUGGUGUGGCUGCAAGGUGAAGAGUACACAACUACUGACACUACUCUACGUUCUUUCAAGAACUUUGUCGAUAGAAAUGUUGUGGUGGUCAACGUAAAUUACCGCCUGUCUAUCUUUGGAUUCUUAUGUCUUGGAGUACCAGAAGCACCGGGCAAUGCUGGUCUUAAGGACGUUGUCCAAGCGUUGAAAUGGAUCAAAGAAAACAUUGCCGGAUUCGGUGGAAAUCCCGAUAAUGUUAUCCUAUUUGGUCACGGAUCAGGCGCAGCGAUGGUUGACCUACUCACUCUAUCGCCUAACGCGGAACAUCUUUUCCAUAAAGCCAUAACUCAAAGUGGCUCUGCAUUGUCCCCUGGAGCUAUCGCGUACAAACCGGUUGAAUACGCUGAAGCGUUCGGCGCAAAACUUGGCUACACAGGAAAGUCAAGACAAGAAUUAGCAAGACUGCUUACAACAACAGAUAUAAGUUUAUUAGCCACCGCUCUCACAGAUUUUGAAUUCUUCAACAACACAGCUUUGUUCGCUCCCUGCAUUGAGAAUAAUGUUGACAGUAACAACACCAUUAUUGCCGAAGCUCCGAUUAAUAUUAUCCGUUCUGGUAAAUACAAUCAUGUGCCUUAUUUGUCUGGAUACACGAACAAAGAAGGAACAAUAAGAGCCCACGAAGCAGCUUACAGCCAAUGGUUAGACAAAAUGCAGACAAAUUUCGAUGACUUUAUCCAAGUAGAUUUAGAUGUUGCUACAAAUUCGAACAAGACUGCAAUCGUUAAAUCAAUACGGGAGUACUAUUUCUUACAAAGAAUAAUUAAUAUGGAGACUAUCGAAGAUUAUUUAGAUUACCAUGGUGAUACAAUGAUCCUUGUGUCAGCCAUUAGGGGAGUGAGGGAGAGAGCGCUCACAUCCAGAGCUGAAGUCUACCUUUACGAGUUUGCUUACAGAGGAACGUUGAAUUCUGACUGGGCUUUACCACAGAUACCACUGACUGGUGUCAGGCAUGGAGGAGUUUUAAACUAUCUGUUUAAUUACGAUUUAACCCCAGGUGAUGUACAUAUCAUGGAGGCGAUUAUGAGGCGUUAUAUAUUAUUCCUUAAUAAUGGAACACCCGCUUCUCCGAACAUAGCACUAUGGGAGCCGGUAACAAGUUCACGCUUGUCAUAUUUAUUACUAAGUGGUGGCGAAGUAUCAACAAAUGUGUCAAUCAGUAAUGAGCAUCAGGGAUUCGAUCCUCAUCAGCAGAGAAUGACAUUUUGGAAUAAUCACUAUGCCACGUUGUAUAAAGCGCCAUCUCCAGUCUCUUCAGCGACAAAACUUAUAAGUUUAGUGUUCACAGUUGGUCUAUUCCAAUUGCUUUUAAAUUUACUUUAAAUGGCAAUAGUACAUUGAAUUUUGUUACUUAUUGUUGGUCAGUAAUUAUUGUGUUUAAGUUUAGUUUUUAAUUUUGUUAUGAUUUAAGUAUUGUUUCAUUUUAUUUAGAUUAAGAAAAUGGCCAUUUAGUAUUUGUUUAAUUGUUGAUUUAAUAUAAAAGCCUAUCUGUUAUGUAUGAAGAUUGAAAGACUAUAUAUGUAUUCAAUUAACUAGUAUAAGGGGUCGGUUCAGGCAGGCCGGGGCGGAGAGCAGAGCAGAUUUUGUUGUCUGUAUGUUUUUAAUCAAUUAUUUCUACAGUAGAAACCCACACUUAAAAAUUAGGAGAUAUUAAUGUUGUAAUAAAUAGAUAAAAAUGUAAUAGUGUGUACCUUAAUAUGUCACGCAACCGCCCAUUUUUUUUAAAGAAAUAAAUGUUUUUUUUUAAUUC